CAGGAGAGAUCGGCCGCCCCUGUCUGAAAAACUUCCCUCUUCCUCUCUCUCCAUUGCUUUUCUCUCUCUCCUGGUUUCCAGUGAAGUGGUAAUCUCCCAUCUGAAAAGGAGAUCCAAGCUGAAGUAAAGGUGUUUUGGGUUGGCAUGCUACAGAAAAGGACCUGUCACAUUGCUCCUCACAGCUCUCGGUAACAGGGCAUCUGAACGAGAGAGCAAGAAAGGAGGAGAGAAGGAGACUUUAUCUUUGUUUAUCCCUCCAAAAUUGAACGAUUAGGGCGUUUUGUGUCCCACAGGAGUGCGGAAGACUGAUUUCGGCUGCUUUUAAGUUAUUGGAGCUCACUGAAACUACUGUUUCAUCUGUAGGUUGGCACCAUGAGUGCUGAAACUGUGAAAGACUACGACUACUCAGAAUGGUAUGAAAAUGCAGUGCCAACCAAACCUCCUGUCGAAGUUAUCCCACCAUGUGACCCCACAGCUGAUGAAGGCCUCUUCCACAUAUGCAUUGCUGCAAUAUCUCUGGUGGUCAUGCUGGUUCUCGCCAUCCUGGCCAGACGAAAGAAGCUGGGUGACAAUCAGAGGGGACUUACAGGUUUACUCAGCCCAGUAAACUUUUUAGACCACACACAACACAAGGGCCUUGCCGUAGCUGUGUACGGCGUUCUCUUCUGCAAGCUGCUUGCAAUGGUCCUCAGUCACCAUCCACUUCCUUUCACUAAAGACGUCGUGAACAAAGAGCUCUGGCUGAUCCUGGCUCUGUUGUACUACCCCGCAUUGUACUACCCUCUUCUGGCCUGCGGGACGCUGCAUAACAAGGUGGGUUACGUCUUGGGCAGCCUGCUGUCGUGGACACACUUUGGAGUUCUGGUCUGGCAGAAGGUGGACUGUCCCAAAACGCCACAGAUCUAUAAGUACUAUGCCCUGUUCAACAGCCUUCCUCAGAUUGCCUGUCUGGCUUUUCUUAGUUUCCAGUAUCCGCUGCUUCUGUUCAAAGGCUUACAGAACACAGAGACAAGCAACGCCUCUGAGGACCUCAGUAGCAGUUAUUAUCGAGACUAUGUGAAGAAGAUUCUCAAGAAGAAAAAGCCCACCAAAAUCAGUUCCAGCGCAUCAAAACCCAAACUGUUUGAAAGACUCCGAGAUGCUGCCAAGUCUUACUUCUACACACCAGAGGAUGUUUUUAGGUUCCCUUUGAAACUAGCGAUCUCUGUGGUUGUGGCGUUCAUUGCUCUUUAUCAGAUGGCGCUCUUACUGGUCUCAGGCGUGCUGCCCACCCUACACAUCGUCCGUAGAGGAGUGGACGAAAACAUCGCCUUCCUGUUGGCUGGUUUCAAUAUCAUCCUGUCAGAUGACCGUCAGGAGGUGGUCAGGAUUGUAGUUUACUAUCUGUGGUGUGUGGAAAUUUGCUAUGUGUCAGCGGUGACCCUGUCCUGCCUGCUCAACCUGCUCAUGCUCAUGAGGUCCAUGGUCCAGCACAGGUCUAAUCUGAAGGGACUGUACAGAGGAGACAUCUUUACUGUGUAUAACUGCCACAGGAGCAUUAGACCGUCCCGGCCUGCGCUGGUCUGCUGGAUGGGCUUCACCAGCUACCAGGCUGCCUUCAUCUGUCUCGGCAUGGUGAUCCAGACUCUGGUGUUCUUCAUCUGCAUUCUGUUCGCUGUCUUCCUCGUCAUCAUCCCCAUUCUGUAUGGAACCAAUCUCAUGCUGUUCCGCAUCAUCGGCAAAAUGUGGCCCUUCUGGUUGAUGCUGUUCCUGGCUGUGCUGAUCCAGCAUGUGACUUCCAGGUUCUUGUUCAUCAAGAAGGACGCAGGGACGAGAGAUCUGAACAACAGAGGGAGUCUGUUUCUUCUCAGCUACAUGCUCUUCCUGAUUAAUGUCAUGGUUGGUGUUAUUCUGGGUAUUUGGAGGAUAGUCAUCACUGCCCUUUUCAAUAUAGUCCACUUAGGACGCUUGGAUAUCAGCCUUCUCAACCGCAACAUCGAGCCAUUUGACUCAGGAUACCGCUGCUACGCUCAUUACCUGAAGAUCGAGGUCAGUCAGUCUCACCCUGUGAUGAAGGCCUUCUGUGGGCUGCUGCUGCAAACCUCAGGCCAGGACAGUGUCUCUGCACAGAGGAUGAGAGAUGCUGAAGAAGGUCUGAGCUUUUGUUUCUUUAUUGCUUCAGUUCAUGACAACAAUAUGAUGAAAAUUUAUUCGUUGGAGAGUAGCCUGUUCCAGAGUCUGGUCUCAAACUCAAAGCUUUUAGUCUUCAGAACUAAUUCAGAGCCGCUUGACUGAGGAUGUGGUUUAUUGUUUUAAAGCUGCACUC